CAGCGGAAUGGCUCCGACAUCAGCCUGGACCUUAUGCCAUUGUCCGGUUCGAACUCCUCCUCGUGUACGACCACGACAGCGACGCUUCCCAAACUGUCACGCCUGCAGCGGGUGGUGCUUGAGAUCGUUGAGACAGAACAGGCCUACGUGAGGGAUCUGAAGAGCAUCGUUGAGGACUACCUCGGGUGUAUCAUUGACUGUGGAGAGCUGCCACUUAAACCUGAAGAGGUCAGCACUCUUUUCUGCAACAUAGAGGACAUCUAUGAAUUCAACAGUGAUCUUUUGGAGGAUUUGGAGCGCAGCCAUCAUGCGUCAGCUAUAGCAGAAUGUUUCGUUGAAAGGAGUGAAGCUUUUGACAUUUACACCAUUUACUGCAUGAACUAUCCCAACUCAGUGGCUGUUCUCAGGGAAUGCAUGAAGAACGAAAGCCUGGUGCGCUUUUUCCAGGAGAGACAGACCACCCUCUGCCACUCGUUGCCCCUGGAAGCUUACCUGCUGAAACCUGUUCAAAGAAUCCUGAAGUACCACCUUUUACUGCAGGAGCUGUCCAAGCACUUUGACAAAAGUGAUCCAGGAUACGAGGUGGUGGAGGAUGCCAUCAUUACCAUGACAGCCGUGGCCUGGUACAUUAACGACAUGAAGAGGAAACAGGAACAUGCAGUUAGACUUCAGGAGAUCGAGAGCUUGUUGCUGAACUGGACGGGUCCUGACCUUAGCGGCUUUGGAGAGCUUGUUCUAGAAGGUUCCUUCCGGGUACAGCGAGUGAAAAAGGAAAGGGCGUUCUUCCUCUUCGACACAAUGCUGCUUAUUGCAAAGAAGAGAGUGGAUCAUUUUAUCUACAGCACACAUAUUUUUUGCUGUAACUUGCUCCUGGUGGAAAACAUGAAAGAUCAUCUUUGUUUCAAAGUGUCAGAUCAGACCAUCCCAAAACAACAGCACACCGUCCAGGCUAAAAACCAGGAGGAGAAGCGGUUGUGGAUGCAUUACCUGAAAAGGCUGAUAGUGGAAAACCAUCCUGCAUCUCUUCCCCAGAAGGCAAGCUUUAGAGAUACAUUUUGA